AUGUCGGAUGGACCGGGCGUAUUGUUCGAUAAAGUUGUGGGCAACCAAGCUCCGACCGACGAAGAAGUGUAUCACGCAAACGAUAUCCUUAGGAAAGGAGUACAAAAGGACCUUGAACGCCUUCCCGAAAAUACCCUACGUUUCCUCUGCCACGAGCUGCAGCUACGCUAUGGAGGCAGAAAAGGCAAGCUUCUGAAGCAGUUAAUCAAAUACCGUAUUGAACGCGGAUGGUUCGACCACCAAGGUCGCCCUCUUCAAUCUUCCGAAAAUCUUUCUGAUCAGCCCACGGUCACUACUCGACCUCAAGAUGCACGUACCAGUACAGCGUUAAACACCACCCGAGGCGAACCCGUCGAAGGCCGUCAAGCUAUCCGUUCGGAUCCUCUACCACCGAAUACCAGCGAACUCGAACAACGUGAGGAAGAAAUGGCAAAUCUCAUACAGAACUGUAGCUGGGUGCCGCGCGAUAUCAAACAAAGUGAAAUCACCAACGCGCUCCUAGCAUUCCGUCAAAAGUUCUAUCUCACUCAGCUUACAAAACAUAUUCGUAAAUUUCCCUUGGCAGUGCUGUAUGUCAUCAAAACCGAGGCUCCUUCAGGUCUCGCGCUGGAUUCACAGUUACUACACGAAAAAGUCAAGGCCAUUCAAAGGAACGAAUCAAAGCAGGGUAUAGUUGACAAACUGAUAGCUUUGCGUGGUGGGAAGCUUGCAGACGUCUCAGGCGGUACUUGGAUAUCCCCGAAGUCCACGACCGCUACCCAGCAGUCAACGUCACCCAGUAUCGCAAUGAGCACCGUUCUUGACUCUGCCGGGGUUUUAUCCUUGUCCGUUCAAACCACCGCGUCCGCAUCCACCGUGUCCACAUCCACCGCGUCCGCAUCCACCGCGUCCGCAUCCGUAUUGAUUGGUAGUCGUAGAAAGAGAAGAAGAAAGCAAGACACUCCCAACCCUGAAGAAAUUCAAGCUGCUAUCACCGCCCUGGAAACUAAAAGUUUAUCCAAGCUGAAGAAAACUACGCGUUGGGCUACACUUGUAGCUAUAUGCCGUAUCAAGCUAACUGGGGAGGAACUGAUUGCUGAUUUCGAUACGAUGACCAAGGACGAAUUGAUAUCACAACUUCACAAUUGGCGUGUUCGCCAUGGCAUGACCAACGAAGAUGGGCAGCUUCUGCCGGGCUACAUAGCAAAGAAGGGUAUACGGGCCGGCAAGGGGAGAAAAGCGCAAACGCGAGUCUUGGGGAAACAGACGUUGACAGCUAUCUGGGAUGAUAUGCCGCGUCUUGCUCUGCCAUCUUGGGUUGCAGCAGCGCCUGGUCGCGCUGGUAGCACUCGCCAUGGUAAACUCAGCGCUGAUCAAUAUCGCAGUUUCUGCACCAUCAAUCUCCCGUUCACGCUAGGGCGUCUUUGGGCGGAUCUUGAAACACCAGAUAGCGAGGUAGAUGGCACUUCGCAGAACGUGGCCAAGAAGGUCGAGAUGUUACAGAACUUUGCUCACCUCGUUGCUGCCGGGAAAUUUGCAAUGAAAAGGACGAUGACUCCAGCUUACAUCGAGCGUUACCGCUUUCACAUGAAGUCGUAUCUAAACGGCUUACUAGAUCCACACCUAUAUCCUGGGAUAGUUUUCGCUCCGACUCAUCACCUUUGCCUCCAUCUAGCCGACUUAUUGGAAAACUUUGGACCCGUCCAUUCCUGGAGGUGUUUCCCUUUUGAGCGAUAUAACUACCUCCUACAAAAUAUACCAACUAACUAUAAGUUCGGUCAAUUGGAGCAGACUAUGACGGAGCGCUUUUGCAUGGCGCAGAAUUUACGAGCAAUAUUCUCUAGUGCAAUGUUACCCGAGGAACUCGCCGAGUUGAUCCCCGAAUAUGAGCGGGUGUUUAACUCAGACAUCCGUGGCACCCUUCUCAACGAUAUGCUCGCAUACACAGAAUAUUUUGAAGCAGAAGAGGAACAGGAGACGUGGCAGGAGAAAGAUCUUACACCUCUCACGUCAUCAGAAUACGCUCUUCUUACUGAUUGGCUAUCCCAGCAGACACCUGCGUGCAAGAGGCGCGGAAGAAUUCUACAAAAUUUAUUGGGCGGAGGGCUGUUGAUCAAAGUCACCUCUCAACGCACAUGCUGCACGAAUUUCUUGGCAGAGGCCACAGUGAAGACGAUCGAGGAUAAACAGGGUGCGAUGGAUAUUCUCAACCUGCGCAACGUCAGCCACCAGCAUCUGUCCGAUCAUUGGCCGGAGCUCGUCGAGAACACGUUGCGGGACUGGGCCAACUCGAAGUGUAUCUCGAUCGUGGGCGAAACUGGAUGUCCUUACUCAAUCUCGACAUGA